AUUCAACACCAUUCAUACUCAGAUUGCUUACACAGAUCAAUUGAACUUCUAGUCCUUAUUACUUGUAUCGCCAUGCAUAUCUAGACGAGUCCAUCGCCAGUCAGCCUCCCGGCAUGUUCUGCAUAGCCCAUCGCGGUUGAGGCCUCCCCUCGACACGAUUCCUUCUCUCAGACACAUGCGAUGGCAGAACCAGGAUUCCCAUGGACUGCUCAGACACGGGAUUCGCAGAAGGAAGAGACAAUUUCACCGAGCGACACCCUAGACCCCUCGCAUGUAGCCCAGCAGGAGGUCGUCCCUGGCGCCGAGAACAGGGCCAGCACUGCUGAUCAUCAACCUCAGCUCAAGAAACCCAACAAUUCUCAGUGCAAACGCCGCAACGGCUCUGUGAAGGGUCCGCAUCGUGUAAUACCAACCAUCAGCGGCAUUGCAGCUGAUUCUUCGACGACCAACACCAACCAGAAACCGGGCACACCCCUCCCCGUCCGGACCAUCCCUGCGUGGGUUCGAGACGCAGAAGAAAGCGAUCUUGACGAUCCCCAGUUUGAGGCUCUCGACUCUCCCGUUGCUGCCCUCGUCGCACAGCACAAUCACAGUCCCGCCACCACUCGGCACCCCAACGUACAGAGCAGGCAUCCACAUCGCAACGGGCAUGUGAUAUCUGCAGGGCAUGUCCGACCCGAACGAACAUCGAGAUGGGUUUCGUUUGCACGAGCAAGUGCAUACCCCAGAGAGACAUUCGAGGGUGAAAAGGUGGACGCCGAAUAUCUCAACGAACAUUUCACCGACUAUUCCAGGCCUUGGUUAGCCGGGCACGAGGACGAUCUCGAAGAUGGGAGCAGCCGCUACAGGGCGUUCCGUCGCAAGAGGAAGAUAUGGUACAAACGGGCACAGUUCACGAUCUUACGGAACCCUUUCAUCCCACUCGCCUUCAGGCUGACCAUCUUCGCCUUUGCGUUCGUGGCACUGGGCUUGGGUACCUCAAUAUACCAUUCAACGAACAGAAUCGUCGAAUGCAUCGAUCAAAAUCCGCGAGAUGAGGCUUGUCGGAACCUCGUCGGCAACUCGGCCACAAAAUACUAUCAAGAUCCAUCCGGACUCAUGGCUAUGAUUGUCGAUGCCAUAGCGGUGGCUUACACCUUGUACAUCACCUACGAUGAGUACUUCUCCAAGCCACUCGGCCUUCGACCGGCUCGGGCCAAAGUACGCCUGGUCCUUCUUGAUCUGUUUUUCGUCGUAUUUCAAUCAGCCAAUCUUGCCCUGAGUUUUGAAUCCUUAGCCGUCGACCAAGGCGCCUGCAAAGUCGGAAGCGUACCGUAUACGUCCCCGAGAUUUGACACUGUGUGCUCCAAAGAACGGGCGCUGAGUGGAGUCCUUUUGGUCUCCUUGGUGGCCUGGUUGAUGACCUUUUCCAUCAGUGUUUUGAGAUUGGUGGAGAGAAUCGACACAAAGUAACGAAGACAGAAUAGCGGAAAAAAUCUUGUUUCACUCGUGUAGCAAUACUGACGACCUGAACGAAUUUCUUUUCUUUCCUUCUAAUGAACACCGCAACCGGCCCAGCACCUCCAUCAUACAUUCAGGCUUGGCCCAUCAUCACCAUAAAUCGGAUCUUUCUCGAACCACCCAAGGUCUUUAAUCGCUUUGACCUUGUUUCGUUCCCCUUCUCGCCCAUAACACAUGUCCCAACUCUUACCGAAAGGAUAAGAGCCCACCAUCUGAAAACCGCCAUAAUCCUCGAGUAAUCGGUGACCAACACCGGCUGGAACAAUCACCACAUCGCCCUUUUCUAGCACAGGCUCGAACCUAGCCUCAUUGUGCUCUCCUCCAAAACAACACUUAGCUGAACCGGAUGCUAUACUGAGAACCUCAUGAGUGGUUGAAUGGAAAUGUGUUUCCCUGAACAUCGUAUACUCCCAUUGUGGAGAGACGACCCCGACUGCUCGAAGAUGAGCUUUAAUUUGUGACGCGGAGGCUGAUGGGAACGCAGAGUGAUAGAUCAUCAAGGGUUUGCCUUGGAUCGAAGUGUUAGGGAUACCCUUGUAGGCAGGAAUCUGGUGUGAGGAUACUCGUAAAGCGUUCAAUGGCGCAAUAGUCAUCUUUUUCAACAAAGC